AUGGACCACCCACAAACCCCCCGCAUCCUCGCCCCACACCUAUCAAACUUCCAACACCGCAUCGUACGCAUGCUAGGUAAAGUCGUGCAACUACGCGGCGAGACAGCAGUCAUUGAUGCAGGAGGCAAUGUUGAUGUUAUUCUGAACAGGGAUUCACACCUCGCCGUCGGUCACGCAGUAGAGAUCAUCGGCAAGGUAGACCAGAAUCUGCAUGUCAAGGUACAAGCUGCUACGGACUUUGGGACGAACAUCGACUUUAAUGCCGCAAAUGCUGUUGUGGAUGCUACACAUCGGUACAAGGAGAUCUUCUACGAUGACAACUAA